AUGAACAUAUUUAUAUAUCAAUGGCUUCGAGACUGGCAGCAUGUGAAGCUUGCAGGAAAGCAAAAGUCGCCUGUGAUCAUAAGCGACCAGCAUGUACUAGGUGUGCAAGUAACGAUAGAGCUGGAAUCUGCAUCUACCGAACGACGCCGUUUAAGCGAAGAAGAGUGGACAGCUCUACAUCUUUGCAGUCUCCUAGGUAUUCGGCCACCCCCAGCCCAACCAUCCUUCACUCCAAGGAAUAAUCCCUAUCCAAACCCUGGCUUUCUGGGAUCCUCCAGCCAUGUCGCUAUUUUCAACGAAAUUUCCCCACAAGACUAUCAUGCAUCCGAUACUUACCAUUUUUCUGAGGACAUGACGAUGUUGAUGCAAUCGCAGUCCACCGGGGAGAAUAUCUUGUUAAUCCAAGGCGCGGAUAUCCUCAGACAACUCUUAAACACAUUUCCUCUGGCCGCCAUGAAGGAUUUUGUUACUUUCUGGCUGGCAACCGGUGCAAAUCUAGCUCUGGCAGAGCCUUUUACUGAGAAGUGUGCUGAAAAUAUGACGCGCUUAUUCACGUCUUUCUCACAAGAAGACAACUGGCAUUUGGCAUAUGCCCAACGCCUGACACAAAAUUCGCGGGAACCUUUGCGAUUUAGCAGUACAUCCAAUAUGGAAACAUUUUCUGCCCAGUUCCUCGACCAGAAGUUCCGAUGGGAAAGUCUGGGUAUCUUUCUUUCUGCUGUUAGUCGAGCAACGAUCGAUAUAUCAUUUUUCCCGCCAUUGUUUAAAACCGAAAAAGAUCAGUUCGUGCUUCGGAAGCUAUCUACAAAGCUCACUGAUCUUGCGUUAGAUAUUGCGCUCUCGUUGGAUUGUUUAAAUGACCUUCAACUGGUUCUACAGUAUGAGAACUUUAUUGUACACACCCAUGUUGACGGGGACCAAAGUUAUCAUUCAUGGAGCAGACUUGGAAAUGUUGUGUCGUCCAUUUUUGCACUUGGCUACCAUGAGAAUGUCGAAAAGACCAAGCCACCAAUUCCGAAUUUUCUUGCGGAGUUGCGAAAGACAGCUUGGGCCACCACAUACUCAGCGGACAAGAAUGUAGCUAUAUUCCUUGGUCGGCCACCUCGGAUGAGCAAGCGAUUUUGUCACUUUCAAGUACCUUUAACACCGACAAGCUCGGAUCAGGUUUGGAACACUUCACACGUUGAAGACGAGGUCGUCAGAUGGAAAGCAGAUACACCAAUCUGUUAUGGGUCAAGUAUUCGGUGGGCGACCCUUUGCUCUGCACUGAAAGAAGAUAUCCUUGAAUUGCUUCGAUCUAAGCACCGCGAGAAUUUCAAUCAGAAAGCUAGCAUCAUCCGACAAAAAGCCGAGACUCAAUGGGCGAACCUACCUCCUCGCUUCCGACUUUCGACUACCUUGAAAGAAUGCUCUGGGGGUGCGUUCGAACGUGACCUUUUAGCUAGCAUACGCCUGGACCAACUUCAUGUCCUCUUUUUACUCGAAUUAUCGUUUCUCGAUACCUUGACUGACCCCGAUUCAUCUAUACUCGACAUCUCGGACCAAAUACUCGUUCUUGUAGUGGAAACAAUUCUUUUGCGGGAUCAACUAGUCAACUCUGGAACGGGACUCGUUUGGAAGAUCGCCCACUUCGGCCUCCCGGCUGCAGGGAUUAUUCUCCUUUCAAUGUUGAAACAACAUCGCACAUUAGUCGAAGGUAGAUCCUCAUGGUCCAAAACAAUACUCAAUCUCGGUAUUUUUGUUGCGCAGGUCCAGGUGGGAAGCAUCGUUCGGCGUGGAGAUCCGAAUUACGCCUUGAUAUCCAAAGCGACACAGACGAUUGAGCGGUUCCUUGAUUCUAUACACCGUGAAGGGAUACAAUCCCCAACGCAAUUGCCAUCGCAUCUGGGAGAGAACGGUGAUUGGGCUGCAUUCUUCAGCCAGGAUCUGUGUGAUUUCGAGACUGACUUUUGGGAGAACCUCGCGUAUCAUCCUUCUUUGUUGGCCUCAGACCAUACUUUGCCUCCAAUAUAG